CUUUAGAGAGAAGAGCCGGGAGGAUGUAUUGGUUGUUAGGAAAAUGUAGGCUGCCAGUAGAAAAUGACAUCCUCUAUUAAUAAGAUCUGAGGUGUGACACACAUAAUUGUCCUAAUUUUUAAGAUUGAUGGGGAGCAUGAAGCAUUUUUUUAAUGUGUUGGCAGGCCCCAAUAAAUGCACAAACUGCAUAGGACUCAUGUGGUCUGAAUGUAUUUUAGGGCUUUCUGGGAAUUGUCUUGACAGAGAACCUGAGCUGGACAAAGCAGCCUCGAUCUGAGUGAGCUAACUGACACAAUGAAGCUGUCAGGCAUCUUUCUGCUCCUCUCUCUGGCUCUUUUCUGCUUUUUAACAGGUGUCUUCAGUCAGGGAGGACAGGUUGACUGUGGUGAGUUCCAGGACCCCAAGGUCGACUGCACUCGGGAAUCUAACCCACACUGUGGCUCUGAUGGCCAGACAUAUGGCAAUAAAUGUGCCUUCUGUAAGGCCAUGGUGAAAAGUGGUGGAAAGAUUAGCCUAAAGCAUACUGGAAAAUGCUGAGUUAAAGCCAAUGUUUCUUAGUGACUUGCCAGCUCUUGCAGCCUUCUUUUCUCACUUCUGCUUAUACUUUUGCUGGUGGAUUCCUUUAAUUCAUAAAGACAUACCUACUCUGCCUGGGUCUUGAGGAGUUCAAUGUAUGUCUGUUUCUCUUGAUUCACUUGUCAAUAAAGUACAUUCUGCAAAAGCA